UCAUUGAGAUUUAAGGCACAACAAACCUUGAAACCAAAUUGAAACUUCAAUUUCCUAAGAAUUAGACAACCUCCUUAUCUUUGUAUUUGCUAUCGUCUGUCAGCCUGCAAAUAAUACACAAAACCGUCAUUAUGAACUCUCAAAUUCUCAGAGCUGCGAGACGACUGCCACGAAAGCCACUUCCUCUACCACAGAUGCGACACGCUUCCAAACAGUCUCUCUACCGCCAACUGUUCCCUGCGGGUACCCCUUCUCAACCAACAGAUUGGUACCGCCUAGCCAGGCAUGCAUGGAGGACAGCGUCAUUAUAUGCCCCCAUGUCAAUGGUGUUAUUCUGGCCGUAUCCUGUAUAUAAGAUUGCUGAAGCAUUAGUUUGAUUCUUUCAGCGUGGAAGUUGGGCGUUUGUACAUAUCAUUGAAUUCUUUAUCACAUUUAAAACGACACAUAAAUAUACAAGCAAG